AGGCUGCUUUUACACUGGCGACCCGGGAGCCCAGCAGAGGCGCUGGCUGCAGUGCGGACAUCGCAGGGACGGAUCACCCUGGAGGUGGCGUGGGGAGCCGCGGGGCAGGCUGCGCCCAGAUCUUACUCGCCUGGACGAGAUCGAAGGCAUCCAGAGCCUUUUGGAACCGCCAAGCUGGAGCUAGAGACGGACCUGGAGUUCCGCUGGGCCCCGGCCCCCGGGCAGCUCCUCUUGCAGGAAUCCGGGGCCCCGGCGACGCUCAAGGAGUGGGAGGAGGCGGCGGCUGAGCGCAGCGGCGGGACGAGGCGCGGGCUGCUCUGGUUCACCACGCUGGUCCUAUAUGCCGCCUUCGUGGGACUGGGAAUAAGCAUUGCUAUCCUUGGGCCAACAUUUCCAGAUCUGGCAAGAAAUGUGAACCAAAACAUCAGCAGUCUGUCUAUCAUUUUUGUGGGCCGUGCCUCUGGAUUUGUUUGCGGCACCAUGAUUGGUGGCGCUCUCAUUGACUAUAUGAAUCAUUUUUUACUUUUGGGUGUGUCAAUGUUAGCUACUACAGUUGGGUUUUAUUUCAUUCCUUUCUGCAAGAAGGCAGUCUUACUGGUUGUCAUGAUGUCUGUCUUUGGUACUUCGGUUGGUGCUGUGGAUACAGGUGGGAACGUCCUCAUCUUGGCUCUUUGGGGAGACAAAGGAGCCCCACACAUGCAGGCCUUGCACUUCAGCUUCGCCUUGGGUGCCUUCCUGGCUCCCCUGCUGGCUAAGUUGGCCUGGGGUACAACAGCAUCCACUCAGAACCACACAGAGUCCGACUUUGACCCUCUAAUGCUGAACGGAUCCUCUGAAGCCAGCCCAGACGCUCUGUUUGCGGUACCCGAGGACAUGAAUCUGCUGUGGACGUAUGCUUCCAUCGGCACCUAUGCGCUAGUAGUUUCUGUCUUUCUGUUUGGUCUGUUUUGUAAGAACCGCUCAAGGCAGAAAAAAUCCACAGAAUCUAGUCAGAGAGUUCGAAGAGCUAAAUAUCAUUGGGCCCUGCUCUGCCUCCUCUUCAUCUUCUUCUUCUUUUAUGUUGGAGCCGAGAUAACAUUUGGUUCUUACAUAUUCUCCUUUGCCACCACCCAUGUUGGCAUGAAAGAAACUGAAGCAGCCGGCUUGAACUCCGUCUUCUGGGGGUCCUUCUCAGCCUGCAGGGGCCUGGCCAUCUUCUUUGCCACAUUCUUACAGCCUGGAACCAUGAUUGUGCUGAGCAACAUUGGCAGCCUUGCUUCAUCUUUGGUUCUGGUGCUUUUUGACAAGAGCCCUCUCUGCCUCUGGAUCGCGACUGCUGUGUAUGGAGCCUCGAUGGCAACCACGUUUCCCAGUGGCGUUUCCUGGAUCGAGCAGUACACCACCUUAACUGGGAAGUCUGCAGCAUUCUUUGUAGUUGGUGCUUCUCUGGGGGAAAUGGCUUUUCCUGCAGUCAUCGGAAUCAUUGAGAGACACUACCCAGGACUGCCGGUGGUUCUGUACGUCUGCUUUGCGUCAGCCAUCUUCACGGGAGUUCUUUUUCCCGUGAUGUAUAAAUUAGCCACCUUACCCCUGCGCCACCAGGCAAAAGAAAGAAAGAGUGAGGACUGAAGAACUUCUCUUUCCAGCUCUAGGCUCAAUGACUGUGAGGCAGAAAAGAAGUGGGAAGACGCAGGAAAAUGGAAUGGAACACAUUCUGAGGUAGUUGAGAUGAAGGAUUCGAGGCAUCUGUAACCGAGGAGUCUAGACAUAUUUCUAGUUGAUAGAGGCCACAGCUGAUGCUUCCCAAACACCUCCAUGUGUGAGGCCUCUCAGGUAAUGGCUGUUAUCCCCUGGGAUACACCAGUAGAAAAUGGACAAACAUUUGGAAAAGAUAACUUGUUUAGUAACUUCAUAGUUCCUACACUUACGGCCAGGGGAGCCACGUAAGUUCUCAGCAAUUUCCUGGGGUCAGCUUCUAGAGCUAUUGUACAGUAGCUGCUGAACUGUUUUUAAAAAUUCUGGAAUUUCCAGAGUUUUCCAUAAUGUACCAAGUGAUCUCAUAUAGUGGGAUCUUGUAACGAGGCUCCUGUUUGAGAGACUUAUUAGGAAAUAUGUUUUUUUUUUUGGUGUGGUGUGUGCUAAAAGGCAUCUAUAGUUAAGAAAUUGGUAGUGCUCCAGUAGGAAGGUACCACGGAGAUGUGGAAUGGAUUGGCCUUUGCUGCGCAAAUGAUCAAGCGUCCAUUUUCUCUUGGAUGAGUGGGAGAGGGUAGUUUUGACACAAGAGAAACUGGAAGUAGUAAAAUUGAUCCUAUAAAGGAUGUACUCUGCUUAGGAAAUGAAUUAGCAGUUAGUUAAAGGGUGGUACCUCCACGCUCACUGGAAGAGAAGUAGUGUACUGACCAAGUUCGCUAGAAACUGAAGAGAGAAAACUUUGUGCCAUAAUCUAAGUUUAGGAUUGCUGAGAAAAUUUCUGCUAGAUGAUUAUUCACCAAGACUGACCUCCAGUUAGAUUCCAUCCCCAUAACGAAAGGGUCUUAUAAGCAGUCAUUGGGCCCAUCACCAUAUCAAAGAACAUACCUCUAAAGGGCAGCUGAAGGGGGCAGAGCAGGGUGACAACCAUCACUAUGCCCUGGCAAGAUGAAUCUAGGAGCAACUAUGUCACAACACUGGUGUGCUCAACAAACUCUUCUGACAAUAUCUUUGUGUGUAAAUCUCCCACCUGCCCAAGUGUCCAGACACACGGUGUCCUAUGACUGCUUAAAUUGUUCCAAGUAUAACCUGGACCAGGACCUAAGAGAAUUAAGGGUGACAAGAUUUGUGGAAAGAAUCGGCCUAAGGUGUGAGUAGGAGCUAGGAAAUCUUCAACUCAAGGCCAGCUCUUCUUUGGGCAUUAGCCACAGUCAGCUUCAUGGCUUUUUGGAUUUUUGUAAAGAGGUUUUCCUUUAUUAACUCUAAGUGUGUGGCAUGAUUUCUCACUAGGUAGGCAUAUUAUUUCUAUAACAAUUUCAUGGAAACCUAUUUGGAAAUGGGGAUACAUUAUGUAAUUCUUUGCCAUAUCCCUAGUGUUGGGUUAAAGAAUGCUAAGGACUUGUUUGGUUUGGUCCUUUCUUUCCAUCUUUUUUUUUUUUUAAGAUUUAUUUAUUAAGCAUACAAUAUACUGCUGGCAAGAAGGUUGUGAACCACCAUGUGGUUGCUGGGAAUUGAACUUGGGACCUCUGGAAGUGCAGCCAGUACUCUUAUCCUCUGAGCCAUCUCUCCAGCCCUGGUUUGGUACUUUCCCUCAGGUGGAGUCCUGCUUUCUAGAUUCACGAUGAACACUGACCAGGGACUUCUUUCAUGUCAUCUCCUUGUCCUUCACCCUGGAAACGCAAGCGAGAGGAUUUCCAAACUGAGAAACCCACAGGGUUUGGAGUUUGUGCAAGACAUCUGCCGAACAGCCCUUCCUUCUCUUAAGAUGACAAUAAAGAAGCUUUAAGAAUGUGCUUAUAUGGAUAUAUGCUAACACCUUAGUACUUUAUUUGAAUAAUUAUAUGAAAAACACUUUCAUUGCUGAAUUUCAUUAUUGUUAUUGUCCUGUUUUGUUUUGUCUGGUUUUGAAAUAAUGUUUUGUUGUAUAUCAUAGACUGGCCUGGAACUGGUAAACCUUCUACCUCAGCCUUCUGAAUUACACCCUGCACCUCCAGGUCACAAUAGUGCUGUAUUUGAUCCAUCCUAAAAUAAAUCUUUUCCUAAUACUUUAACAUCUUGAAAUAGAUAUGAAAUAAUCAUUCAACUCUUUAAACAAAUUGUAUGUUCUCCAUACAAAUAUGGAAAUAAUGUACUUCAGUAUAAUUAGUAUCUUAGUCAUUGAAAUGUGAUUAUUCUAAUUAUUACAAUCAUACUAUUUUACAGAUAAUUUUUUAAAGUUAUGGGUGGUCUCACUGUAACAUCCAGGCUGGCUCCAAAUAAUGGGGCUCAAAGUGAUUCUACUUCCUCAGUAUCCUGAGUAAGAGGACAGACAGGUACCUCCACCCCAGACAGAAUGUUCUAUCUGCAUAUGCUGUUUCCAGUUAUAUUCACUUGUACUUAGAGAGAGCAUGGUCCAAUACUAGAAGCUGUUACAGAGGUGCUACUUCAGCGCACAGCUGUAGGCAGGGUCUGUUCCAUUCUCAGGGUUUGGACAUCAGUUACAUUAUAAACACUAUUAAAAACAGGCUAGUUUUUUAAAACUUAUGAUGAGGCAGUCUUUCCUAGGGGUUGGACUCCUUGUGCAGCCUCCUGGGCUUCUCCUUGAACUUGAAAUACCUGGGAGUCCGAUAUACUGAGAAGAGGGUGUUUUGUAACCAAGGGUGGGGAUAAGAAAGGCUAUUUUCUGAACAUGGCAAAGCCGGCCUGUGUCAUCCUUAGACAAGCCUGAAAUUGAUGUGAGAUUAUAUUUCUUUCUACAUUUUAGCUGACUGAUGUUGGAUUUCUACCAUAUUACAGUAUGUUUUCUCUUUCCUAAUUUCUAUAAAUGUGCUUUCGAUAAACGUGCUUUAGUUUGUUCAUGUGGGGUGCCCCUCUGUAUGCUGUGAAAAUAUUUUAUUACCAUUGGUUAAUAAAGAAGCUGAUUUGGCCAAUAGCCAGGCAGAAUACAGCCAGGCAGGAAAUCCAAGCAAAGAUACAGGAAAAAAGAAGUCUGAGUCUGGGAGACAGCAGCAGCUGCCAGGGAAGCAAGAUAUGAGGUAACAAGUCACAAGCCUAGUGGUAAAAUAUUGAGUAAUAAAAAUGAGUUAAAGUUGUAAGAGCUAGUUAAUAAUAAGCCUGAGCUAAUAGGCCAAACAGUUUGUAAUUAAUAUUAAGCCUCUGAGUGGUUAU